GUUAGCCUCCUGGCCAGUACCAGGUGAACUUCGGAGGUGAGGUCCUGGGGGUUGAGAGACUGAAGCUAGAAAAAGAGGGGCACUGUGGACCCCUUCCCUGAGGAGGUAGAGAUGAAGCUGCUGCCAGUCCUUGCUGGGCUCCUGGCCAUUCUGGCUGUGCCCCGGUGCUCUGAGGGUGCCAGUCCAGCUGUCCCGGAGGAGGUAGAGACCUCAGUGGUACUGACCUGCAUGGAGGAAGCCAAGCGACUAGUGGACACGGCCUACAAGGAGCGGCGGGAGAGCAUCAAGAGGCGUCUUCACAGUGGCUUGGCCAGCCCCAUGGAACUGCUGGCCUACUUCAAGCAGCCAGUGGCAGCCACCAGGACAGCUGUGCGGGCUGCUGACUACCUGCACGUGGCCCUAAGCCUGCUGGAGGGGAAGCUGCGGCCUCUGAGGCGGGGGCCCUUCAACAUCACUGACAUGCUGACACCGGCCCAGCUGAAUCUGCUGUCCAAGUCUAGCGGCUGCGCCUACCAGGACGUGAGGGUGACGUGCCCGGAGAACGACAAGUACCGUACCAUCACCGGUCACUGCAACAACAGACGCAGCCCCACGCUGGGGGCCUCCAACCGCGCCUUUGCGCGCUGGCUGCCGGCCGAGUACGAGGACGGCUCCUCGCUGCCCUACGGCUGGACGCCCGGUGUCAAGCGUGGCGGCUUCCCGGUGCCCCUGGCGCGCGCAGUCUCCAACGCCAUCGUGCGCUUCCCCACCGAGCAGCUGACCCCAGACCAGGAACGCUCGCUCCUGUUCAUGCAGUGGGGCCAGCUGAUCGACCACGACCUCGACCUGAGCCCGGACCCGGGCGCCCGGGUCUCUUUCGUCGCUGGUGUCGACUGCGAGACCAGCUGCCUGCAGCAGCCGCCCUGCUUCCCACUCAAGAUCCCACCAGAUGACCCCCGCAUCAAAAACCAGCGUGACUGCAUCCCCUUCUUCCGCUCCUCGCCGGCCUGCACAGACAGCAACAUCACCAUCCGCAAUCAGAUCAACGCGCUCACCUCUUUCGUGGACGCCAGCAUGGUGUACGGCAGCGAGGAGCCUCUGGCCGCCAAGCUUCGGAACACGUCCAAUGAGCUGGGGCUGAUGGCUGUCAACACCCGCUUCAGCGACAACGGCCGGGCCCUGCUACCCUUCGACACCCUGCAUGAUGACCCCUGCCUCCUCACCAACCGCUCGGUGAACAUCCCCUGCUUCCUGGCAGGCGAUAUGCGCUCAAGCGAGAUGCCCGAGCUCACCUCCAUGCACACGCUCUUUCUGCGGGAGCACAACCGGCUGGCCACAGAGCUCAAACGCCUAAACCCCUGCUGGGAUGGAGAGAGGCUCUACCAGGAAGCCCGCAAGAUUGUGGGAGCCAUGAUCCAGAUCAUCACUUACCGGGACUACCUGCCCCUGGUGCUGGGACCUCAGGCCAUGAGGAAGUACUUGCCAUCCUACCGCGGCUACAAUGACUCGGUGGACCCCCGCAUUGCCAACGUCUUCACCAAUGCCUUCCGCUAUGGCCACACCCUCAUCCAGCCUUUCAUGUUCCGCCUGGAUAACCAGUACCGGCCCAUGGGGCCCAACCCCCGUGUUCCACUCAGCAAGGUCUUCUUUGCUACCUGGAGGGUAGUGCUGGAAGGUGGCAUCGACCCCAUCCUGCGGGGCCUCAUGGCCACCCCUGCCAAGCUGAAUCGCCAGAACCAAAUCGUGGUGGACGAGAUCCGGGAGCGGUUGUUUGAGCAGAUCAUGAGGAUCGGUCUGGACCUGCCCGCCCUGAACAUGCAGCGCAGCCGGGACCAUGGCCUCCCAGGGUACAAUGCCUGGAGGCGCUUCUGCGGGCUCCCCCAGCCCAACACGGUGGGCGAGCUGGCCACGGUGCUGAAGAAUCUGCAGCUGGCGGAGAGGCUGAUGCAGCAGUAUGGUUCGCCCAACAACAUUGACAUCUGGAUGGGUGGCGUGGCCGAGCCCCUGGAGCCCUUCGGCCGCGUGGGCCCACUCCUUGCCUGCCUCAUUGGGACCCAGUUCAGGAAGCUCCGCGACGGUGACCGGUUUUGGUGGGAGAACACGGGCGUGUUCAGCAGGCAGCAGCAGCAGGCACUGACCAGGAUCUCCCUGCCCCGUAUCAUCUGUGACAACACGGGCAUCACCACCGUGUCCAAGAACAACAUCUUCAUGUCCAACAUGUUCCCUCGGGACUUUGUCAGCUGUAGCACACUCCCCAAACUGGACCUAACUUCCUGGAAGGACAGUGACUAGAAGCUGGGAUCCCCCCUGGAGAGGAAGUGGGGCUCAUUGGCCCUUCUGUGCCAUGUUUUUGUAUCUGAUGUGACAAUAAAGUGCCACUGAUGGGGAUCUUC